AUGAGAAAUAUGACAAACUCCACAGAUGAUCGUGUUUCGCUGAUUGAAUUAGAAAGAAUUACACCGGAUGUCAAAGAUGUCGAUAUCCAAACUGAAUUAACAGCAUCGAUGUUGGAUGAUACCAAUGCAAAUAUUUGGCCCGAAGUAACGAACGAUCCAAUGAAUAAUUCUAUAAAUCAAAAUCAUCGCGUUGUAGAUAGAAUUAUUGAUGAACCUAUCAUAUCAACAACGAACAUUAGCAAUGACCUUCAAUCGGAUCUCAUCGGUCCAACGGAUGGAUAUGCUCAAGAAACUUUAUUACCUCUCUCGAAAGCAUGUUCUCCGUUGAUGGACGUUCUAUACAACCUACCGUAUUAUGUUCAAAUGGCACUUGAUGAAACUCCUGAGCAUCCAUCAGAUGGGUUAACAGUCGAUGAAAGUGCUGCGAUCCGUCUGUAUACAAUCGAAUGGCAGCCACCAUAUAAGAGUCUCUAUUCAAUGCUUAAUUUUACGUUAAAGAGGGGAAAUCGCGAUGAAGUCCGACCUUAUUUUAAAUAUAUGAAACUUCUAUUAACUGCCUUAGUUAAAUUACCAUGUGCACCACCAUCAACUGUUUGGCGUGGAGUAACUAAAGACUUAAGUAAAGAUUUUCCUCCUGGCACGCUUGUCACGUGGUGGCCGUUUUCAUCUUGUACUAUUGAAUUGCGUGUACUCGAAAGUAACGUCUAUUUGGGCACGACUGGUAAUCGGACGUUAUUUUCGGUUGAAGCUAUCAAUGGUCGAAUAAUAAGCGGCCAUUCACAUUUUGUUACAGAAGAUGAAAUUUUACUUCUUCCAGGUACGUUUAUGAUAGUUCAAUCUCAAUUUAUUCCAGCACCGGACCUUCAUAUUAUCCAUUUAAAACAGUUGAGACCAGAAACUCAACUACUAGAACCUCCAUNUUCUUUUAAUUUAUGGAGAAAAGGAAAAGAUAUCAAAAAUACUUCUGUUCUGCUCGACUAA